AUGAAGUUCACAGCCGUUGCCAGCGCCCUUCUGUGCGCCAACAUUGCCGCUGCCGCACCAGGCACAGCUGCACGACGCGAGCGAGAAGUGCAGAGGAGCAUCAACCGGAGGACCAACACCCUCCAGCCGGCCGUAGGCGCGCUCGAGCUCCCCAACGGCAACGGCACCGCUCAUGUUGAAUACAGUAGCAACUGGGCCGGCGCCGUUCUGAUCGGGACUGGAUACACCUCGGUCACCGGCACCAUCGUCGUCCCCACGCCCUCGAAGCCGUCGGGCAGCAGCUCUGGCACCUACUCGGGCUCUGCCUGGGUGGGCAUCGACGGGGACACCUGCGGAACCGCCAUCCUGCAGACCGGCAUCGACUUCACCAUCUCGGGCAGCACCGUGUCCUACGACGCCUGGUACGAGUGGUACCCGGACUACGCCUACGACUUCUCCGGCAUCCCCAUCUCCGCCGGCGACUCCAUCACCAUGACGGUGACUGCGACGAGCAAGAAGGCCGGCACGGCCGUCAUCAAGAACAACACGACCGGCAAGACGGUCACCCACUCGUUCUCGAGCGAGACCAACCAGCUCUGCGAGGAGAACGCCGAGUGGAUCGUCGAGGACUACGAGAGCGGCAGCAGCCUGGUCAACUUUGCCGACUUUGGCACUGUGACCUUCACCGGCGCGUCGGUCAAUGGCGGCACUGGUGUUAGCGGUGCCACUAUCAUCGACAUUGAGCAGAACAGCAAGGUCUUGACGUCGUGCUCGACUUCUGGCUCCAGCGAGGUUGUCUGCAGCUACACUGGCUAG